AUGCUUAUGUUGGUGACAGUUAAAAAAGGGAAGGCCUAGCAAGGCCAACACUUUUGGCGAACGUGCUCAAAACGAAACUAGCGGCUGAGGCAAGGCCUCAGGCAAACAUGGCUCCCGUGGCCGGUCGCCGGCAUCCACGGUCGGAGGAGGCAGAAAUUGCAGCAGCCGUCGCUGCCGGACAGGAUGGCGACGAGGAGCCAUCUGUGGAGGUGGCGUUCGUGGGGCAGCCGCCACCGCCGUGGUGGCGGCAGGUCACGGCGCGGUCGGUGGCCGUGAGCGCGGUGCUGGGCGCCGUGCUGAGCUUCAUGUCGAUGCGGAUCGGGCUGACGGCCGGCGUCGGCCCGACGUUCAACAUCGUGGCCAGCCUCCUCGGGUUCUUCGUGAUCAAGUCGUGGACGCGGCUGCUGGCCCGCUUCGGCGUCGCCUCCCAGCCCUUCACCAGGCAGGAGAACGUCGUCCUCCAGACCUGCAUCAUCUCCUGCUCCACCCUCUCCUUCUACGGUGGUUUCACGACCUACCUGCUCGCGAUGACCGAGACGGUGGCGAAGUCAGCCGGCGGUACCGGCACCGGCAAGGACGUGUACACGCUGCACACCGGGAACGUGGUGGCCUUCCUCGGCCUCGUCACCUUUGCCAGCUUGUUCUGCACUCUCCCGCUGCGGAAGGUGAACCCAUUUCCAACCAAGAAUCACCACCAUUUCCAUGUCUUUGUUAUGAAAAAACUGAGGCAUUUCGCCAUUGUUUGGCAGCUCAUGAUACUCGACUACAAACUGAUGUAUCCAUCUGGUUCAGCUAUCGCCGGAAUCGUCAACAGCUUCCACACACCAGCGGGAGCCGCAACAGCAAAGAAGCAAGUGAUGGCCAUGUCCAAAGCCAUUGUUGGGAGCUUCAUGUGGGCAUCCUUCCAGUGGGUUUACACGGGAGGAAGCGGCUGCGGCUUCCAAGAUUUUCCCUUGUUCGGAUUGAAGGCAUAUAAGCAGAAGUUUUACUUCGAUUUCUCCGCAAGUCUCGUCGGUGUGGGCAUGAUCUGCCCUGUCCUCAUCAACUUCUCCAUGCUUUUCGGAUCUAUCAUUACCUCCUUCAUCCUGUGGCCAACCCUCCAGAGCAAGAAAGGGGACUGGUACAACGAUCCUUCGCCGACAAAUUUCAGGGGAAUCAAUGGAUACAAGGUGCCCAUGGGCAUAUCGAUGGUGCUUGGGGAUUGUCUGUUCCAACUGGGUUCAAUCACCAUAAGGGCUGCCAACCACUUCCACAAGAAUCGUCAGCAACGGAAUCCCGGCGGUACCAACAUACCAGCAGAUGGAAAUUCAGAUAAACAAACAGCUCUUAGCUACGAUGAGCAUCGCAGGAACAAGAUCUUUCUGAACGAAGGACUGUCGGGCUAUGUCUCGGUUGCUGGCUACAUCCUCUUCGCAGCCGUCUCAGCAAUCUUCGUUCCACGUAUCUUCCCACAGAUCCGAUAUUACCAUGUGGCCUUAUUAUACGCUGUCGCUCCCAUCCUGGCAUUCUGCAAUUCAUAUGCUUCUGGACUGUGUGACUGGUCCCUGGCACCCGUCUACGCGAAGCUUGCUAUAUUCCUUGUUGGGGCAUGGGUUGGUGAAGCAUCUGGUGGCGCCAUUGCCGGCCUUGCUGCCUGUGGUGUCAUGUUGAUGAUCAUUGGUAAUGCCGCUGAGCUCAUGCAUGACUUCAAGACUGGAUACCUGACACUCACCUCACCACUGUCCAUGUUCAUAAGCCAAGCAAUUGGGACUGCACUUGGUUGCUUGAUCAACCCGCUUGUCUUCCUGUCCUUUGAAAAACUUGUCGGCAAAGAGCAUUUGGGAGAAGCUGGAUCGGCAUUCUCGGCGCCCUUGGCCACCGCAUACCGUGGGCUCGCAGUUUUAAGUGUUGAAGGAACCAAGAUACUCCCAAAGCACUCCAUUGAGUUUUGUGUAGCUUUCUUCCUUAUGGCCUUUUGCUUGGAUUGCCUAUCAGCAGUAGCCAAAGCAAAGAAAUGGAAGGCAAGUAACUACAUUCCAAACGCCAUGGCUAUGGCAAUUCCAUUCUUAAUCGCACCGAAUAUUGCAAUAGACAUGGCCUUGGGGAGUCUACUGUUAGUUAUCUGGAAGAAAACAGAUAAGAAAAACGCAAAUAUGCUUGCAGUUGUAGUAGCAUCAGGUUUGAUCUGUGGAGAUGGACUUUGGGCAUUGCCAUCAGCAUUACUUUCAUUUUUCCAAAUCGAGCCACCCAUCUGCAUGAAGUUCUUGUCUAGUCAUCAGACCAAGCUAAUGCGGGAGCAGUUCCUACCCAAAGUGACUACCUCAUGAUGAUACAGACAAGUACUGACAGAAAUGGCUUGUAAAUGAUUUCAGAUCAUAUUGUUAUAAAGUUAUUUAGUGCACAGCUACACAUGUGAAUUCCUUGAGUCACAUACUUGCCUUUUUUGCCUGUGUAAAUAUUUUUCCAGUGUCUGUAGGAGCAUUAUUGAAACAAUGAUGUUGUACAAGAUAAAUGGGAUUCAUAAGUGAAGACUAAAA